CUAUAAAAGAGUUUACUUGCCAAUGCAAAGUAGAACAGAAAUGACCUCCAUCAUGAUAUUCUUCUUCAGUGCCUGUGCCCUUUUACCACGACUUGUUACAGCGAAUGAGUAUGGUGGUAAUACUGGUGGGAAAUCCUGUGUCUUCCCUUUUGCUUACAAGAGCCGGACAUUUUACACCUGUACUAGUGAAGAUGUAGCGACUGGACGUUUGUGGUGUGCAACAACAGGAAGUUAUGAUAAAGACAAGCAACGGAGCUACUGUGCUGAUACAAGAUUAGUUGCCAAUGAUCACGGACCAUGCAUAUUUCCUUUUAUUUACAAGGGAAAGUCCUACUCAUCUUGCACAACAGCUGGGGCAUCCACUGGAAAGCUCUGGUGCUCUCUCAGCAGGAACUAUGACACAAAUCCCAGGUGGACAUACUGUGAUCCCUCAGAACCACGUCCUUGUGUGUUCCCCUUCAUUUUUAGAGGGAAAUCGUACUCUGCCUGCACCCCGGAAGGCACUGAUGAUGGUCAGCUAUGGUGUGCCACCACCAAUAACUAUGACAGGGAUAGCAAAUGGAAGGCAUGUUCUAUUCAAGAGUAUGAAGGGAACUCAGUAGGGAAGGUCUGCGUCUUUCCUUUCAUUUAUAAUGGGACGAUAUACAAUACCUGCACCAAUAAAAAUAAUUCUGAUGGACAAUUUUGGUGUGCUACAACCGGGAACUAUGACAAGGACAAGCAGUGGAGCUACUGUGCUGAUACAAGACUAGGUCCAAACCAACCCUGUAUUUUCCCUUUUACCUACAAUGGAAAAUCAUACUGGUCUUGUAUAGCAGAUGGAGAAUCCAGUGGGAAACCCUGGUGCUCUCUUACCAGCAACUACAAUGAGGAUCCCAGACGGAUAUACUGUAACUCCUCAGAGUAUGGUGGUAAUACUGGUGGGAAUUCCUGUGUCUUCCCUUUCGCUUACAAGAGCCGGACAUAUUACACCUGUACUAGUGAAGAUGUAGUGACUGGACAUUUCUGGUGUGCAACAACAGGAAGUUAUGAUAAAGACAAGCAACGGAGCUACUGUGCUGAUACAAGAUUAGUUGCCAAUGAUCACGGACCAUGCAUAUUUCCUUUUAUUUACAAGGGAAAGUCCUACUCAUCUUGCACAACAGCUGGGGCAUCCACUGGAAAGCUCUGGUGCUCUCUCAGCAGGAACUAUGACAGAAAUCCAAGGUGGACAUACUGUGAUCCUUCAGAACCACGUCCUUGUGUGUUCCCCUUCAUUUUUAGAGGGAAAUCGUACUCUGCCUGCACCCCGGAAGGCACUGAUGAUGGUCAGCUAUGGUGUGCCACCACCAAUAACUAUGACAGGGAUAGCAAAUGGAAGGCAUGUUCUAUUCAAGAGUAUGAAGGGAACUCAGUAGGGAAGGUCUGCGUCUUUCCUUUCAUUUAUAAUGGGACGAUAUACAAUACCUGCACCAAUAAAAAUAAUUCUGAUGGACAAUUUUGGUGUGCUACAACCGGGAACUAUGACAAGGACAAGCAGUGGAGCUACUGUGCUGAUACAAGACUAGGUCCAAACCAACCCUGUAUUUUCCCUUUUACCUACAAUGGAAAAUCAUACUGGUCUUGUAUAGCAGAUGGAGAAUCCAGUGGGAAACCCUGGUGCUCUCUUACCAGCAACUACAAUGAGGAUCCCAGACGGAUAUACUGUAACUCCUCAGAGUAUGUUGGUAAUACUGGUGGGAAAUCCUGUGUCUUCCCUUUCGCUUACAAGAGCCGGACAUUUUACACCUGUACUAGUGAAGACGUAGCGACUGGACAUUUCUGGUGUGCAACAACAGGAAGUUAUGAUAAAGACAAGCAACGGAGCUACUGUGCUGAUACAAGAUUAGUUGCCAAUGAUCACGGACCAUGCAUAUUUCCUUUUAUUUACAAGGGAAAGUCCUACUCAUCUUGCACAACAGCUGGGGCAUCCACUGGAAAGCUCUGGUGCUCUCUCAGCAGGAACUAUGACAGAAAUCCCAGGUGGACAUACUGUGAUCCUUCAGAACCACGUCCUUGUGUGUUCCCCUUCAUUUUUAGAGGGAAAUCGUACUCUGCCUGCACCCCGGAAGGCACUGAUGAUGGUCAGCUAUGGUGUGCCACCACCAAUAACUAUGACAGGGAUAGCAAAUGGAAGGCAUGUUCUAUUCAAGAGUAUGAAGGGAACUCAGUAGGGAAGGUCUGCGUCUUUCCUUUCAUUUAUAAUGGGACGAUAUACAAUACCUGCACCAAUAAAAAUAAUUCUGAUGGACAAUUUUGGUGUGCUACAACCGGGAACUAUGACAAGGACAAGCAGUGGAGCUACUGUGCUGAUACAAGACUAGGUCCAAACCAACCCUGUAUUUUCCCUUUUACCUACAAUGGAAAAUCAUACUGGUCUUGUAUAGCAGAUGGAGAAUCCAGUGGGAAACCCUGGUGCUCUCUUACCAGCAACUACAAUGAGGAUCCCAGACGGAUAUACUGUAACUCCUCAGAGUAUGUUGGUAAUACUAGUGGGAAAUCCUGUGUCUUCCCUUUCGCUUACAAGAGCCGGACAUUUUACACCUGUACUAGUGAAGACGUAGCGACUGGACAUUUCUGGUGUGCAACAACAGGAAGUUAUGAUAAAGACAAGCAACGGAGCUACUGUGCUGAUACAAGAUUAGUUGCCAAUGAUCACGGACCAUGCAUAUUUCCUUUUAUUUACAAGGGAAAGUCCUACUCAUCUUGCACAACAGCUGGGGCAUCCACUGGAAAGCUCUGGUGCUCUCUCAGCAGGAACUAUGACAGAAAUCCCAGGUGGACAUACUGUGAUCCUUCAGAACCACGUCCUUGUGUGUUCCCCUUCAUUUUUAGMGGGAAAUYGUACUCUGCCUGCACCCCGGAAGGCACUGAUGAUGGUCAGCUAUGGUGUGCCACCACCAAUAACUAUGACAGGGAUAGCAAAUGGAAGGCAUGUUCUAUUCAAGAGUAUGAAGGGAACUCAGUAGGGAAGGUCUGCGUCUUUCCUUUCAUUUAUAAUGGGACGAUAUACAAUACCUGCACCAAUAAAAAUAAUUCUGAUGGACGAUUUUGGUGUGCUACAACUGGGAACUAUGACAAGGACAAGCAGUGGAGCUACUGUGCUGAUACAAGACUAGGUCCAAACCAACCCUGUAUUUUCCCUUUUACCUACAAUGGAAAAUCAUACUGGUCUUGUACAGCAGAUGGAGAAUCCAGUGGGAAACUCUGGUGCUCUCUUACCAGCAACUACAACGAGGAUCCCAGAUGGAUAUACUGUAACUCCUCAGUUGACCAAAACAUGGAUCUGGCCACCGCUAGAUUGGAUUACUGCAAUGCACUCUAUGUGAGGCUGUCCUGGAAAUUUAACAUCCUCCAACGGGCGGCAGCCAGGUGGUUACCCAGGGCUCCUUACAGAGAGAGGUCAUCCCUCCUGUUUAAGGAGCUCCACUGGCUGCCUUUCAUCUACCGGACCCAAUUCAAGAUGCAGGUUCUUACCGACAAAGCCCUGAACGGUUUGGGACCCGCCUACCUACGUGACCGCAUCUCUGUAUACGAACCCACACAAUCUCUUCGAUCAUCCAGGGAGGACCUGAUCUCGAUCCCACCAGCAUCGCAGCAGCAAUUGGUGGGGACGAGAGAGAGGGCCUUUUCGGUGGAGGCCCCUCGAUUCUGGAACUCACUCCCUAAAGGCAUCAGACAGGCUCCAACUUUGGCAGUCUUCGGGAGGGACUUGAAGACGUGGCUGUUCCAGUGUGCCUUCCUGGAAUAAUGAUCCCAUAGCACUUUGCCCUCCAAAGUGCUAUGGGAUCAUUAUUUACAUUUUCUAAGUCUGCUCGUAUGCCCUUUCACUAACACCAGUAUCAUCUUCUGUUCAUGUCCCAGCAUAUUUCCAAUUUUAACUUUACAUGUGGCCUCC